AUGCUCAAGAUCACCACUUUUAUAUUGUGGUUGCUUGUGGCCCAGGAUCUUUAUGGAUCCCCAGCGGAAUCCCAGGAAAAUUCGCGAUCCGUUUGCCUUCUUAAGGACGCACCAAACCAAUGCGGAUCGUUUUGCCUUUCAGCACUAGGUCCACUCUAUGAUCACAUGGCUAAGUUCAAGCUUGUCUUAAACGCGAAACUGGAAAGUCAGCAGAAAAGCUUUGAUGCGAGAUUAGAACGCAUCCAAAAUACGCUGAUGUCGGUCGUGAAUAAAUUGGAACAAGGCUUAGUCAUUAAUACACCCAGCACCAAUUCACUCGGUCAAAAGGACGAGAAUAGUGUAAGAAGCGUCCAUCCGAAUUUGGAGAAGAUCCUUGAAAGAUACUUCUAUAUUGAAGAAAAUGUUAUGAAAAAUUUCACUGAUGCUGAGGACAGAUGUCGCCAAAUGGGAGGACAUCUAGCCUCUUUUCAAAACGAGAAGGAGUUGAACGCCAUUGUUCCGAAACUUCUGCAUAAUGUGCAUUACUUUCUGGGCAACAACGAUAGGGCCAAAAAAGGCGACUUAGUGUCCAUGGCCUCCGGCAAACGCUCUUCAUUUUAUAAGUGGCAUCUGAAUGAACCCCAUUCCCAAAACGAAAAUGAGAACUGCGUUGGAAUUUAUUCGGGUCUCAUGGCAAUGUUAAAUUGUAGAUAUAAAAAAUUGUUCAUUUGCCAGGCAGAUGAAAACAUUUAG